AUUUCAUUUCCCUGCUUCUUCACCACACCCCCCCCCUCUCGCUCUGCUUGAGCAAAUCUACAGCAAAGAACCGGAUAUGGAGGCAGCUCUGGCAGCAAACCCAAUCAUCAAAGUUGCUGCUCUAUCUGGCUCUCUUCGCAAAGCCUCCUAUAACCGCGGCCUCAUUCGUGCUGCAAUUGAAUUAAGCAAGGAAUCAGUGACUGGUCUUCAAAUCGAGUACAUUGACAUAUCACCUUUGCCUAUGCUGAACACCGAUCUUGAAGGACCUGACGGUUCUUUCCCACCGGUCGUUGAAGCUUUCCGCGAAAAGAUUGUUAAAGCCGAUAGCAUCCUUUUCGCUUCCCCCGAGUAUAAUUACUCUGUAACUGCACCUUUGAAGAAUGCAAUUGACUGGGCAUCCAGACCACCGAAUUGCUGGGCUGAUAAAGCUGCUGCCACUGUAAGUGCUGGAGGAGGUUUUGGUGGAGGGCGAUCACAGUACCAUCUUCGCCAAAUUGGAGUUUAUCUGGAUCUUCAUUUCAUCAACAAACCUGAGUUUUUCUUGAAUGCAUUUACACCUCCUGCAAAGUUUGAUAGCGAUGGCAACUUAAUUGAUCCAGAAACAAAGGAGAGAAUAAAGGAAGUUCUUCUAAGCUUGCAUGCAUUUUCUCUGAGACUCAAGGGAAACUGCUAACACAAAAUCUGAAUUAAGCUUAGACUUUCUAUCAUCUGAUCCUUUAUGAUGCGCAAGUUACAGUUGGGAGCUACUUGUCUAGUUUUAUUGUUUGUGAAGAAAUGAUUUUUAAGACUUGAUUAGCCAUCUUGUGUAUUUGGCUUCUCAGACCCUUAAAGGUGGAUGAUUGAAAAUGGAGGCCAAGUUUUUUUACAUUCUUAUGUAUGAAAGGGAAGAACAGAUGUGUGGCUUAAGGAAACCCAGAUAUUUUUAAUUUUCC